ACCCCGUACGCUAUUACUCAUGGCGAACCCAACUUCUUUCCUAUUCCUCCUUUCUCUGACGCUGCUUUUGCUACAAUCUUACCUAUUUAGCUUUGUUAAUGCAGAAAUUCUAAACGUUACCACCGAUAAAUCUGCUCUUCUUGCAUUGAAAGCUCACGUUUCUUCUAAUGACCCUCACCAUGUUUUGAUAAGCAACUGGUCCUCCAACACUCCUAUUUGCGCUUGGGUCGGUGUUACCUGUGGUUCUAAACAUCUCCGAGUCAGAGCUUUAAACCUUUCCUACAUGGACCUUGUAGGUACCAUUCCUCCGCACAUUGGAAAUCUUUCGUUCCUGGUCAGUCUAAGCAUAGGCAACAACAGUUUUCAUGGUUCAUUGCCAAAUGAGUUGUCUCGUCUUUAUCGGUUGCAAUUCCUAGACUUGAGUUAUAAUGAAUUCAGCGGAGAAAUCCCACAGUCUCUAUCUAACAUAUCAUCAUUGCAGCGGAUUAUUCUUCCAUAUAACCAGCUUUCAGGCUCCAUACCUUCCUCUUUAUUCAAGAUGCCUAACUUGCAACAAAUUGUCCUCCUCUCAAAUAAGCUUUCAGGUCCAAUAACCUCCCUUGACUUCAAUGCGUCUUCACUACAAUACAUUAACCUCGGUCAUAACGAGUUAUCUGGUGGACUACCAAUGUUUGAUCAUCUUCCCAACUUAAAAUAUCUUUCUGUCUCCCAGAACCAUUUCUCUGGCGUACUCCCAGAAAUAGGGAACUUAACAAUGCUUACAUCGUUACGCCUUUAUGAUAACAACUUUGAAGGUACAAUUCCAUCCUCGUUGCUGAAGUGUACACAGCUGCAACUUUUAGAUAUGUGGAAUAAUAACUUCACAGGAAGAAUUCCCCCAGAAAUAGGGAAUUUAACUAUGCUUAAGACCUUAUAUUUUUCCCGGAACAAGUUUGAAGGUGCAAUACCGAGUCAAAUUGGAAAUUUGCAAAAACUAGAGCUAUUCAUUAUUGAAAUAAACUAUUUUUCUGGACCGAUUCCGUAUGAGAUCUUCAAUAUCUCAACUUUACGAAAUAUCUCGUUGGCAUCAAAUAAUCUCUCAGGUGACCUUCCAUCAAAUAUGGGCCGUUUUAUUCCUAAUUUUCAGUUCCUUGCUCUUGAUGAUAAUGAACUGAGCGGAACGAUUCCCAACUCUAUUGUUAAUGCUUCACAACUCAUCAUCUUAGAUUUGACUUUGAACUCAUUCUCUGGCUCAAUUCCAAAAGCAAUUGGUAAUUUAAGGCUCAUCCAGAAGCUGUUCCUCGCAUCCAAUAAGUUCACAAUUUCGUCUUCAGAACUUAGGAGCAUUUUCUCUUCUUUGUCGAGCUGCAAAUAUCUCACAUUUUUAACUUUGUCCGAAAAUCACUUGAAUGGCAUCCUUCCCAAUUCCGUUGGGAACCUCUCAACCUCUCUUCAAAAUCUUCAAUUAUAUGACUUCAACAUUCAGGGCAACAUUCCAGAAGAGAUCGGAAAUUUAAGUAGCUUGAUUGAAUUGAUCCUAUCCGACAAUGAACUGGGAGGACCUGUUCCAAGUACAAUUGGAAGAUUGCACAUGCUCCAAGGUUUGGCUCUUGAUGGUAAUAGACUAAAAGGUUCAAUCCCAAAUAUGCUCUGCCAUUUAGGAAGCUUAGAUACACUAAGUUUAUGUGGUAAUGAGCUUCAUGGACAUGUUCCUGCAUGCAUAGAUAACAUGACUUCACUAAGAAAUCUUGACUUGGCUUUCAACCAAUUAACUUCUUCAAUUCCUUUGAGCUUGUGGAGGCUUACAGAUCUCUUGUUGGUUGAUUUAUCAUCAAAUUCUCUUAAUGGCCCUCUAUCUGUAGAUAUUGGGAAUAUGAAUGUCUUGAUAGCAUUAAAUUUGUCAAAAAACCAAAUAACAGGUCGUAUCCCAGUUACGAUUGGUAGGCUAAAAAAUAUUGUCAAUCUAUCUUUGGCAGUCAAUCGACUAGAUGGCUCAAUUCCUACAUCUGUUGGUGAAUUGGUAAGCUUAGAGGUUUUAGAUCUUUCCUACAAUAACUUAUAUGGAGAGAUUCCCAAGUCCUUAGAAGAACUCUCAUACUUGAAACAUCUAAAUUUGUCAUUCAAUAAACUAAAAGGAGAAAUUCCUUCCAGAGGACAGUUUGUACACUUCCCAGCUACAUCAUUCAUCUCAAACAAUGGACUUUGUGGUGAGGCUCGAAUGCAAGUCCCUCCAUGCAAAGGAAAAAAGGCCAUAGGAAAGCGAAUACUGAAAUAUGUGUCAAUUGCAGUGGGGUUAAUGGUACUUGGAGUGUGUCUUGUAUUUUUCUCAAUAAAAUGUCAUAAGAGGAACACUAAAUUGUCACAUGACACGAAUUCAAUGCCUUUAGCAACAUGGAGGAGAAUUUCACAUCAAGAACUUAUUCGAGCAACAGAAGGGUUCAGUACAAACAACUUACUUGGAGAAGGGAGUUUUGGGUUUGUUUACAAAGGAACACUCUUAGAAGGUACAACUGUUGCUAUAAAAGUUUUCAAUUUGCAAGUGGAGGCAUUCAAAAGCUUUCACAUAGAAUGUGAGGUAUUAUGCAAUAUUCGUCACCGAAAUCUUGUCAAAAUCAUUACCGCUUGUUGUAACAUGGACUUCAAAGCCUUGGUAUUAGAAUACAUGCCUAAUGGGAACCUAGAUAUGUGGUUGUACUCCGAAAACCGUUGCUUGAAUAUGUUACAAAGGCUAAAUAUAAUGAUUGAUGUGGCAACAGCAGUAGAAUACCUUCAUCUUGGUUACACAACACCUAUUGUUCAUUGUGAUCUGAAGCCUACCAAUGUCUUAUUAGAUGAAGAUAUGGUUGGACAUGUCGCUGAUUUUGGCAUCUCCAAACUCCUUGGUGAUGGAGUUUCUCUAACACAAACAAUGACUCUCGCUACAAUUGGAUAUAUGGCACCAGAGUAUGGAUCUGAAGGACUUGUUUCUACAAGGGGAGAUGUGUAUAGUUAUGGCAUUUUAUUGAUGGAAACUUUCACAAAAAAGAAGCCCAUAGAUGAUAUGUUUACCGGAGAAAUGAGCUUGAAGUGUUUGGUACAAGAAUCAUUAGCCCCUUUUGUACUUGAAGUUGUUGACGCCAAUUUGUUAAGUAGCGACAAUGAUUAUGCUGCAAUGGAGGAGUGUUUGCUAUCCAUCAUGGGAUUGGCUUUGCGUUGUUGUGCCGACUCGCCUGAACAGAGGAUUGGUAUAGAAAAUGUUUUAGCUACACUCAACAAGAUCAAAUUGAAGUUUCUCAAAGAUAUUAGUGGAUGCUAAUCAUGUGAGAGAAUAAGGUUAGUUUAUAGCUAUUGAUUUCAUGUUUAUGGCUUUCCAUAUGGUAAUAUUUAUAGUAAAUUGGGACUGUCCUAAAAUGAGACUUUUUUAUGGUAAUUAGUUUGCCAUGGGACUUACUAGCUAAUAGAAGUUAGGAGUUUACAUA